AUGCUUAGUCGUAAUAUUAUAAGGCCCUCUCAGUCGCCCUGGUCAUCUCCCAUUGUACUUGUGAAAAAGAAGGACGGCUCAAUGCGACUGUGCAUAGACUAUAGGAAGCUAAACGCUGUGACUAAGAAAGAUUCCUUUCCUCUCCCACGGAUAGAUACCACCUUAGACGCCAUCGCUGGCAAUAUUAUGUUUUCAACGCUUGAUUUAGCUUCAGGCUACUGGCAAGUUGAAGUGCGUCCCUCAGAUAGGGAAAAGACUGCAUUCGCGGUCCCCUCUGGUGUCUCCGAGUUCGAGACGAUGCCUUUCGGCCUCGCCAAUGCCCCCAACACUUUUCAGAUGUUGAUGAAUCAGGUUCUUGCACAGUUAAUACCAACCUCGUGUCUAGUUUACAUGGAUGAUAUAAUUGUCCUCGGAAAGGACUUUGAUAGUCACCUUAAUAAUAUCAGGGCUGUGUUUAGCAGUCUCCGACAGGCGGGGUUAACCCUGAAGCCAUCCAAGUGUGUCUUCAUAAAGCCCCGCGUGAAGUUCUUAGGUCAUGUAGUCUCAGCCGCAGGGGUAGAGAUUGAUGACGAAAAGGUCACACAAAUCCGUGAGUGGCCCAUCCCCUCAGAAGUGGCGGAGGUCCGCAGCUUCCUAGGCCUCACCUCCUAUUACAGACGAUUUAUUAAGGACUACGCCCCAAUUGCCGGGCCGCUCCACAAGCUUACGCAGAAAAACGUUAAGUUUAAGUGGACUGCUGACUGCACAAACAGCUUCCAGACGCUGAAGGAUAAGCUGUGCGCCACCCCAAUUCUAGCCUUUCCUGAUAUUAGUAAUGAUGCCGGGAAGUUCAUCCUGGAUACCGAUGCCAGUGACACCGCAAUCGGCGCGGUUCUCUCCCAACAACAGUCAGACGGUACCGAGCGCGUCAUUCAGUAUUUAAGUAGAUCGUUGACCAAAGCAGAACGGCGCUACUGCGUGACUCGAAAAGGGAUGUUGGCGCUCACACACUUUGUGGAAGAAUGCCGGCCAUAUCUCCAGUACCGGCCGUUCGUCGUACGUACUGACCAUAGUGCCUUGACUUGGCUAAGAAACUUUAAGAAUCCUGAAGGUCAAGUAGCGAGGUGGCAGGAGAAGUUGGCGGAAUACGACUUUAAGUGCGUGUUCCGACCCGGUCGCCAACAUGGUAAUGCCGAUGCCCUUUCGAGGAAACCGCACCGCCCCCACGGGGAGUGCCCGUCAUGCACGGACAUCACCAUCUCCACUAUCGCUUUGCAAAGCGAUCAGUGUCUUUUCUGA